GGAGCGCGCCGCUUCUCUGGCUGGCGAGGCGCCGCGGAGCGAACGGGGCGCCGGUCCGCCACCUCAGCGUCCGCUUCGCCGAGCCCCGGGCUCCGGUGUCCGCCCAGCCCCGCGGGGGCGGCAGCUUUGGGCGGCCCGGCGUGCGGGCAGGCCCGAGGCCCGAGGGCCGGGGGCGGCGUGAGUAGCUAGCGGAGACCGCGAGCGGGCUGGCGGCCGGCAUGUCGGUGCCGGAUGCGAUGCCGCUGCCCGUGGCCGGCGUCGGGGUCGGCGAGGAGCUGAAGCAGGCCAAGGAGAAGGAGGACGCCGAGAAGUACUCGUUCAUGGCCACCGUCACCAAGGCGCCCAAGAAGCAAAUUCAGUUUGCUGAUGACAUGCAGGAAUUCACCAAGUUCCCUACCAAGACUGGCCGAAGGUCCUUAUCUCGUUCCAUCUCACAGUCCUCUACGGACAGCUAUAGUUCAGCUGCAUCCUAUACAGACAGCUCCGAUGAUGAGGUUUCCCCGAGAGAGAAGCAACAAACCAACUCCAAAGGCAGCAGCAAUUUUUGUGUGAAGAAUAUCAAACAAGCAGAAUUUGGGCGCCGGGAGAUUGAGAUUGCUGAACAAGGCAUAUUCUAUACAGGGAGGGAGUCGGGGAACCAAAGAGACCUCCACGAUGGGGUGAGACAGAGCAUGGAAAAGCAGAAGCAAGUCGCUUCAGCUGAGGACAUGUCUGCUCUGAUUUCACUCAGGAAACGUGCUCAGGGGGAGAAGCCCUUGGCUGGUGCUAAAAUAGUGGGCUGUACACACAUCACGGCCCAGACUGCAGUGUUGAUUGAGACACUCUGUGCCCUAGGGGCUCAGUGUCGCUGGUCUGCCUGCAAUAUCUACUCCACUCAGAAUGAGGUUGCAGCUGCAUUGGCAGAAGCUGGUGUUGCAGUGUUUGCAUGGAAAGGGGAAUCAGAGGAUGACUUCUGGUGGUGCAUUGACCGCUGUGUGAACAUGGAUGGUUGGCAAGCCAACAUGAUCCUGGAUGAUGGGGGAGACUUAACUCACUGGGUUUAUAAGAAGUACCCAAACGUGUUUAAGAAGAUCCGAGGCAUUGUGGAGGAGAGCGUGACUGGUGUGCACAGGCUAUAUCAGCUCUCCAAAGCUGGCAAGCUCUGCGUUCCAGCCAUGAAUGUCAAUGACUCUGUUACCAAACAGAAGUUUGAUAACUUGUACUGCUGCCGAGAGUCCAUUUUGGAUGGCCUCAAGAGGACCACAGAUGUGAUGUUUGGAGGAAAACAAGUGGUGGUGUGUGGGUAUGGCGAGGUGGGAAAGGGAUGUUGUGCUGCUCUGAAGGCCCUCGGAGCAAUAGUCUACAUCACAGAAAUUGAUCCUAUUUGUGCCCUUCAGGCCUGUAUGGACGGGUUCCGGGUGGUGAAGUUAAAUGAAGUCAUUCGACAAGUGGAUGUGGUGAUAACUUGCACAGGAAAUAAAAAUGUAGUGACCCGGGAACACUUGGACCGAAUGAAGAAUAGCUGCAUUGUGUGUAACAUGGGCCACUCCAAUACCGAAAUUGACGUGACAAGCCUCCGGACACCCGAAUUGACAUGGGAGCGAGUUCGCUCUCAGGUGGACCAUGUCAUCUGGCCGGAUGGCAAACGUGUUGUCCUCCUGGCAGAGGGUCGCCUGCUUAACCUGAGCUGUUCGACAGUUCCCACUUUUGUUCUUUCCAUCACAGCUACAACCCAGGCCUUGGCUCUGAUAGAACUCUACAAUGCCCCAGAAGGACGCUACAAACAGGAUGUGUAUUUGCUGCCCAAGAAGAUGGAUGAAUAUGUGGCCAGUUUGCACCUGCCUUCAUUUGAUGCCCACCUGACAGAGCUGACAGAUGACCAAGCAAAAUAUCUGGGACUCAACAAAAAUGGGCCAUUCAAGCCCAAUUAUUACAGAUACUGAUGGACCAUAUUGCAGAGGACCAGUCCACACAGAACCACAUAACUUUUAAAAAAAUAUUUUUUAAAAUAACUUUUAUUUUCAUUUUACUCUUUUCUUGAAUUUCUUUUCGCUGUGGUUUAAUACUCUUUUUCUCAUGUCUUUGUCUGUCUAAGCUCGCUAAACCGCACAGGGAUUUGUUUCCUAGCUUUACAGAUGAAACUGAGGGUUCAAGAUUUCUUACCCUAGUCACUACAGAAGGAAUUCAUUUUCCUAGCUAGGAGGGGUGAUACUUUCCUGUAGUUACCUUUACCCAUCCUGGGGCACCUUAGUCUUAAUGGGGUACCUUAAUAACAGAAAACACUAAGGUACUCUUUUCUAUGUGGAACAAUCUGCAAUGUCUAAAUUGCCUUAAAAGAGCCCAUUUCUUAGCUGCUGAAUCAGGGCUUCUUCACGACUGUUGGAGGAGCAAAGGCGGUACCUCCCAGCUGGGUAGGUGAGAUAUAAGCUGUGUGCAUGUUUGUGGAUUACCCUCAGAAGUCGCAGGCCCUGUUUCUUGUGCAAGGCACCAUCACUGGUUCAGAGGAGAGCUGGCGAAUGGAUGCCUGUUUAAAGCCCACCCAGACCGAGCACGUCCUCUUCCACUCCCAGGGCGCCUUCUGCAUUCUUUUCUAGUUUUUAGCCAGACUGCACCUGUCUCAACUGAAAUUUCUCUUUCAACACCAGUUUCUGUUGUACAAUUUUUUUUUUAAGGAAAAUUUUUAGAGUUAACACUUGUGGAACUGCUUGGCACUUGGUAGGUGCCAGUCCCUCUUUCUCCUUUAGACACCUGAUAAGGAGGGUGCAGAGCCAUGUCUAGUCAGCUGCUGGGCUCAGACUCCAUGGGAAGCCUCUUUGUUUCUAGCCCACGGUUUUAUAGUGUCAGUAAAUUGGGGCCAUAGCUGCUCGUUCCAUAGCUCUUCCACUGUAUUGCUCGUACUGAAGGCGAAUUUAUUAAACAAUCACUCAGAAUAAAGCACUGAAUUGCUUUUUGAGGCUGUGUCCCUAAAGAGCACUUAUCUGGUCAGCUGCACAUCUGUCCCUGAACACAUCUGGGGUAGCUGGCAGUGGGGAGAAAAUCGGUAGAUGAAGCUGGGGUGAGAGAGUGACCUGUCUGCAGCUUCAGGCUGUGUUGAGAUUAGUCUGACAUUUCACUCUGGUGUCACUUUUGAUUGGUGCAUCCAGCAGAAGGAAAUUAAGGUCUGUGCAUUCAAAGUACAUCCAUUCAAGGCAAAGAAUAUGGCUGGUAGGUCCUGGCUUGUAUUCCCUAGACACCCACAGAGCCAUUUUCUGAAGCACCAGAGAAAUACAUCCUUAAACUACAAACCUAGCUUGCCAGUCUCUCUGCAUGGUAAACUGAGCUUCGGGCUCAGUAGCUUUUAAGGACAUACUUGUUCAAAAUCCUAAUCACCCUCUACUAGCUUUGAACAAUGGUACUAUUGAGCUGGUUCAUAAGUUGGUAUUGGGAAUUUAGGUCUUUGAUUUCUCUACUACUGAUGACCAGAAAGACAGAAAUUACAACCGGAAAAACAAGAAAAGAAAGCUCCCAACCUGUUCCCUCCUAUCAAGAGACAGUGCCUCAUGCCAAAAUAUUUCUCCUUUUCCUGUCCUCUUCCUUUUUACCACAUUCAAUCCUUUAUUAGUGUGACUAUGCUUUCUUCUCCAUAGAUGCUAUUGGAGCCCCAUUUUCCUAAGGCAGACCCAGUUUGUAUCUGUUCUUCCAAAGAGAACAGACCACCACCCUUAUUAGGAGGUAUUCUGACUAUCAGUGUCCCCACUGACUUUCCCCAUUGGAGGGAAAUAGCCCAGGUUCAUGCUACCCUCUGGCCUACUUCCCUGCUCCCAUAUCUAUUACUACGUCAAUAGGAAUAUUAGAUAAGGGCUCCAUCUCUGUUCAAGCCAUGUAACAAAGGACAUUAUAGAAUGAGGUGUUGUAGAUCAGAGGGAGCACGUGGAGAGCAACCUGGGGUGGAAUAGGUUUAUUUUGUAUAUGAAUGAUUUUUAAUGAAUGCAAUAUUAAUCCUUGCAGAUAAGCAAUAAUCAUUAAAGUCGAUUAGAAAAUU